CUGAAAGCACCCAGGUGUCAUCAUUCGAUGCUAGCUGCUAGCUCAUUUCACGUAAGCUCUGUCAAAUAGUUGAACGAGUAAUUUAACUUCUGCCCAACCACGCUUGCCCGAGUGGGUGUUUGCUGUUCAGCGGACGUGUCCAGCUGCUCGCGAGCUGUCGGUGCAGCAGCGGUAUCGGUUUGCUGCUCUGUGCUAAUUGUUAGCUAAGUGCUAACAACAGUGACAGCAGCCAACUUUACACGCGUCGACCGUUGCUGUCAUUUCAAGCAGCUGCACAUUAAUAGGGAUCACUGACAGCUCUCCCCAGCGAACAUCAUGGAGCUCCAGGCGGUGUUGAUGGCGGCUGGUGGGGGUUCUCGCAUGCCAGAUCUGACAUACAACACCCCCAAACCAAUGCUGCCUGUGGGCAACAAGCCCCUCAUGUGGUACCCGCUGAACCUGCUGGAGAGGGUGGGCUUUGAAGAGGUGAUCGUGAUCACCACCAAAGAGGUCCAAAGGAUGAUGGGCACAGACCCUAAAAUGAAGGACGUGAAGAUGAAACUGGACGUGGUUUGCAUCCAGGAAGACGGAGACAUGGGCACCGCAGACGCUCUCAGACACAUCCAGCGGAAGAUCAAGACGGACGUCCUGGUGGUGAGCUGUGACCUGAUAACAGAUGUGGCGCUUCACGAGGUGGUCGACCUGUUCAGAGCCCACAAUGCAACACUGGCCAUGCUGAUGAGCAACGCCCAUGAGUUCACAGAGACGGUCCCAGGCCAGAAGGGCAAGAAAAAGACAGGUGAACAAAGAGACUUUGUGGGAGUGGAUCAGUCAGGGAAGAGGCUGCUGUUCAUGGCCAAUGAGGCAGAUCUGGAGGACGGGCUGUCAAUUAGGAAGUCUAUGAUGAGGAAACAUCCCAGGAUGCACAUCAAAACGGGCCUCGUGGACGCCCACCUCUACUGUCUGAAAAAAGCAGUGGUGGACUUUCUCGCCGACAACAAGUCCAUCUCUUCGAUCCGCGGUGAGCUGGUGCCGUAUUUGGUGCGGAAGCAGUUUUCAAAAACAACCAACAGUCCCAAAAUCAAAGAAGACUCGGAGGACCAGAACCAGAAAACGGUCGACGGCUCCACCAGCCACGAGCUCCUCAUCUCCUCACGAGACGAGCUUCUCCUCCAGCUGGCCCAGGAGCGCUCCUGUUGGAACGACCACCGCGGGGACAUGAGCGAGGCUUACCACGGAGGAAAGCUCCGCUGCUACGUUCACAUCAUUGACCAGGGCCUUUGCUACCGCGUCAACACUUUAGCUGCUUACAUAGAAGCAAACCGGCUGGCCCCAAAGCUGUUUGAGGAGCCAGCAGUCCACCCAUCUGCUGUCAUUUCUGAGAGAUGUCAGAUGGGAUCAGACAGCAUCAUCGGAGCACUGUGCCAGGUAGCAGAUAAGACUUCCAUAAAGAGGUCCACCAUCGGAAACUCCACCACGGUAAAAGAGAAGGUCAAAGUCACCAACUCUAUCAUCAUGCACGGGGUUACCAUCGAGGAGGGGUGUAACAUCCAGGGCUGCGUGAUCUGCAGUAACGCCGUCAUCGGCCGAGGAGCAGACCUCAAGUACUGUCUGGUGGGAAGCGGACAACAGAUCGAACCAGAGGGUGAGCUCCACUAUCGUAAACACGUAAAUAAUAAUGGCUUUCUUUUCUCACAGCGAUGGUCAACACCCUCUCUUGUCUCAUUACCCCGGGAAGCUGAAAGUACAUUUUAGGUGUUUGGAUGUAGCAGAACAAACAGUAGUUGAUCAUUUUUGCGUCAUUGACAAUGAAAGAAAGGACAGAGUAAGCAAAGUAACAGAAACGCCUCACAUCAUAACACUUCAAACGACAGCCUACAAAUCAAUGCUAUCUUUUGAAGCCCGCGGCACUUCUCCUCUACUGACUCCAAUAAGGUGUUAAUGUGUGUGUGUGUGUGUGGUAUCUGGAAGUGCCAAGUGUUCAAGCCAACUAGGAACGUUUCUGAAUUCUGUGCGAUAGAGAUUUAUCAGAGAUUUUUUUAUUUUAUUUUUUUUUUUUUAUUUCCUUAAUCCUCUUGUCCCCAAAGCUG